CCUGUGGAAAACACCUGCUAACUGAGAACAAUCAAACAAAGAUCGUAGGUGGAAGUGAUGCCAGAAGAGAGGCUUGGCCUUGGAUAGUUUCACUCCAUUUUAAUUCCAGACCUGUUUGUGGAGCUUCCCUUGUCAGUGAUGAAUGGCUGGUGACAGCAGCACACUGUGUAUAUGGGAGGCAAUUAAAACCAUCUCAAUGGAAAGCAGUUCUUGGCUUGUAUGACCAAUCAGAUAUAACACAGCUUUCAACGGUAGUUCAAAACAUCGAUCAAAUAAUUAUAAAUCCUCAUUACAUGAAGCGUACAAAAGAUAGUGAUAUUGCUCUCAUGCACCUUCAAUACAAAGUGCAAUAUACAGAUUACAUACAACCUAUCUGCUUACCAGAAAAAAAUCAACAGUUUUUACCAGGAAUUAACUGUUCCAUUGCUGGCUGGGGUAGUAUUGUCAAUGAAGGUCCCACUUCAGAUAUACUGCAAGAAGCAGAGGUUCCUCUCAUUUCAAAUGAAAAAUGCCAACAACAGAUGCCAGAAUAUAGUAUUACUGAGAAUAUGAUCUGUGCGGGAUAUGACAUCGGAGGAGUAGAUUCCUGUCAGGGAGAUUCAGGUGGUCCUCUGACAUUUGAAGAUGGUAAUACAUGGUUUUUGGUUGGUGUAACAUCAUUUGGCUACGAGUGUGCACUUCCCAAACGACCAGGAGUGUAUGUUCGAGUCACCAUGUUUGUGGACUGGAUCAAAAAAAUCAUCUAUUAG